CAAAGGACAAGACGGUCGAUGAGGAAAACUCGAUGGAAUUUGGUGUCGAGGAAAGGCCCAAAAAAGUCCUUACAGGAAACGUCACAGAACUUAUAUUGAAAUUUGAUCCAGACAAUCCAAAACUGAGAGCAAAAGGAAGUGUUGUUGAGAAGAGGACCCAAAAAGAUCCUGCUGGGAACGACAAACAAGAGUCUAAAGCUAAAGAACGUCAGGACGAAGACCGUGAGCCUUUGUUGAACAACCAAAAUCCUGCUGGGAACGACAAGCCAGAGCCUAAUGUCGAGAAACCUCAGGAGAAAGAGCAUGAGCCUUCGUUGAACGACCAAAGUAAAAACACAAAGUGUGAUCUGCAAACAGCCACUGCUACUCAACAGCCAGUGCCUGUUUCAGAGGUCGCGAAAGAGGCAGGCAAGGAAACAGCAUCUCCUCCUGCACAUGAUGCCGCUCCUCCUGCUGUCCGGCCACGUUUAGCUUCAGACUCAUCCUCUCAGGAUGUGGCUGGUGAACAUAGGGAAAAUCCUAGCUCUGAUCAGAUCAUAGAAGACACUACAGGGGGAACGUUUGAGGAAGGUGGCUCAUCAGAACCAGAGGAUAUAGAUAAAUCUGAAGACAAGACAGGUUUAGAAAACACAGAGGGUGGUCCUUCAGACUCUGAGAAGGCGAGUAAGUUGUUGGAUGACCAGAGUAAGGAUGAAAUGUCUAACCUGCAGUCAUCCCCUGUGUCUGAACAGUCAGAGUCCAAGAAAGAGGAAGGUGAGGGUAAGGAAUCAACACCUACACCUACAGGUGAUGUCUCUUCUAAAGUUGACCUACCGCCUUCAUCUAUGACCGAAGGUUCUCCAAUCAUGCCACCUAAUGAUGGUGCUGAUGAGCAGGGGAAAGAUGCCAGCUCUGAUCAGGUCACUGGAAAAAAUACAGAAGAAAAUGCUGGUGGAUCUGACUCAUUAGGCUCAAACAAAGUAAAUGAAUCAAACAGUCCCAGUGAUGUAAAAGACCCUAACUCUGAAGACAAAGGUGCAGGACCAACAGAUGAGAAAAAUUCAAAGUCAAAACAAACACAAGCAGGAGAAGACAACCAGCAAGACAGCGACUAAAAAGAAGUUUCUGAAGAUAACAAUGAAUCAGACCGUCUCAAUGAUGUAAAAGAGAAGCCCACUAUUAGUGAAGACAAAGGUGCAGAAACAACAGAUGAGCAAGAUCCAAAACCAAAAGAAACACAAGCAGAAGGAGACAACCAGCAGGAAAGCAACCAAAAAGAAGUUUCUGAAGAUAACAAUGAAUCAGACGGCACAAGUGACCGAGAAGAAAUGGAGCAGGACAAGACUCUUGACUCUUCUCAGCCGCCUCAGAGCCCCAUAACACCAAAACCAGACAACAGUAACACCAGCACCUCCCCUGACACUGUACAUGCAGUCGCAGGUCAGGAAGUAAAGGACAAGACCAGGCAGAGCGGAGAGUUAGACAGCAGCAUGAAAGAGGCUGAAAAAGGUAAAGCAGCUGAAGAUUAAAAUGAAGUCCAGUGUGGCCCAGAAGAAGAAAGAAGGUGGACUAUAAGAGCUUUAGUGGGGAUAAAGAAGGGCAAAAGAAAACUUUUGAAUAGGUGUUCAUACAACUGAAAAGAGAAAAUUCAAGAAGCAGGUAAUUAGAGUGAAGUCGUAAAUACAACAGAGCAGAAAACGAAGGGAUAAGAUCAGCACAACGAUGCAAAGGAGAAAAGAGUUUGGAUAUCGACUUUCAAUUUGAACGGUCCAAGGACCAACAAAUCUUUGCUGUGGGACUGCAAAAAGACAUGGAGACAAUGACAGUAUGUCACAGUAGACCGAACACAAGUCUGUCUGUCCAGUGGGACAUAAAGAUCUCUUUACAACCAGUAAUAACAGCAUGAUAACAAAACAGUCUACUCAGUCCUCCUACUUCUAACCUUUAGUUUGCUUUUUUUUUUUUAAAGAUUGCAGAAGUAUUCAUAAGUAUUUAUAAAUCAAGACACUCUAAUUAUUAAGUUUUCUGGCUUACAUACUGUGACCUUUUUCCAAAACAGAAACACUACAGUAUAACAGCAAUGAGAUUGUUCCUUACUUAUAUUAGGAAGAGCAUCAGUUUACUCUUCUGAUUCGUGAAAAAGAAAGUAUAUUUGUUUUGCUGUACGUCUGUAAUGUAAAAAUGUAAGAAAAAUAUAGAGUUAUGUGAAUGUAAUGUGUAUAAUUUUAGCUUGUUUUUGCUAUUUCUUUUUUUUUUUGUUUUUACAUUGUUGGGAUAAUGAUUGGAUUUGAUGUGAACUCAGGGUAAUUAUUCUUUAAAUAAUUGAGAUACCACAAAUUAAGCUGCAGCUACAUUUUGCUUCUGUUUCAGUUGAUUUUAUGUCGCUGUGUUUUGCUGAUGUUUUGGAGAACUUUGCACUGAUUUUAACCAUGUGUAAACUCGCUACCGGUUUUUUCUCUUUUUGUAUUAUAUCGCUUUUAAUUUUUAAAAAAAUUGUAUUUCUUUUUUACCCUAAGCAUAUAAUUUCUUAUCUGUGUCUGUUUAAAUUAGCACCUUUUGGGACAUGUCGGUGUGUUGGGGGCAAGUCAACAACACCCAGUUCAGCCUGUGCAGUUCUGAUAGAUGGAACUUUUGGCUGAGUUCAUGUUUAUUGUACAAAGUCAGAAAUUCAAUGCAUAAUUUUAAAAUAAAAUGUUCUCACGACUGUCAUAUUA